GAGGCGAUGCUCCGCCUCAACGUCAACCCCGCGGAUCCGACACUCGUCGACGAUCUCUUCGCCAAGCACGACGCCGACGGCAACGGCCACCUCGACUACGCCGAAUUCCUCCUGCGGGAGAAGGCUCUGACGUUGGAGAAGGGUUUCCGGGGGGCGCGGACGUGGUUCAAGUACUUUGACCGCGACGGGAGCGGCGGCGUCGACAAGGACGAGUUUCAGAUGGCGAUGAACCAGUUCAACAUCGCGCCAACCCCCGAGGUCAUCGACGAGAUGUUCUUGAGGUACGAUAAGAGCGGCGAGGGCGAGCUGGAAUACAUGGAGCUGCUCGCCGCGCUGGCGCCGGCCAAGGGGCUCUACCAUUCCACCGCCGACAUGCUCGAGUCCCUCGACGUCAACGCCCCGGCCAGGGUGUCCGCUGGGGACGGGGUGAAACAGCCGGCGCGUCUGAGCCUCGGCGCGCCCCGUGCGCACGCGGAUGACCAGGGUAAGCAGCGGCUGAGCGUGAAGCAGUUCAAGCGUAAGCUCACGGAUUGGAUGGCGGCUCGCGGCCAGGGGCUGAUGGCGCUUCGCAAGCUCUUCAAGGAGCUCGAUUACGAUAACAGCGGGUACAUCGACCGCGAGGAGUUCGCCAAGGGGAUUAUGCGCAUGAACAUCCACCCCACCAAGGAGUCCCUCGCCAAGAUUCUCGACUAUUACGACGACGACGGCAACGGCACGAUCGAGUUCGAGGAGUUCAUCGCGUCCGUGCUACCUGACCACGAUUACCGAGGGUACGAAGACGGUAACUGGCAGGCCAUAGCGCACCACGACCCUAAGCCCCCGAACAUCAUGCCCACCUCGCACAUGCUCUACGGCAACCAGUUGGAGAAGCUGUUGAUCGAUAAGAUCAUCCAGGCGAGCGACAAGGGCGGCAGCGCGAGGAAGAUAUUCCGCGAGCUGGACUGGGAUCACAGCGGGACGGUUGACAAGGAUGAGUUCAGGAAGUGGAUCAAGUAUCUGAACUUUUUCCCAGACGAGGGGACGUUCGAGCGGCUGUGGAGAAACUACGACAGAGAUAACAAGGGGUACUUCGAGUACAAGGACUUCGUCAACAAGGUCGCGCCCAAGCACGACCUCAACGCGUCCGUGUUUUAAAUGUGUAGAUGGGCAGCACGCAGUGCCAGUGUAAUUGAUAUUCAAAAGCGAUCCGCUAAUGUAGCGUCACAUCCGACUACGCGAAAGGGUUCUGCUGUUGCUGAUACUGCUGCUGCGGCGCGCCGAACGGAUUAGUCUGCUGCUGCGGCGCGCCGAACGGGUUCGCCUGGUGCGCCGCCGGCGCGGGGGCCGCGAAGGGGUCCUGGGCGGCGAAGGGGUCGAAGGGCGCCGCCGCUGCUUGGGUCGCCGCCGGCGCGGGUUGCGCAAAGGGGUCCGCCACGGCGCCACCCCCGGUGGAGAACAGCGUCUGCAUCUGGUGCCCGUUGGCCUGGACCGACUGCAUCAUCGCGUUGAACUCGUUGCCCGUCGAGCUCACCGGGCCGGAUCCGCCGUUGAAGCUCUGGCCGGGGCUCGGGGGCAUGGGCACCUGAGCGGCGAAGGGGUCGUUGACGGCGUUGGCAGCCGACGGCGUGAACGACGGGGGCGCGGCGAAAGGAUCCUGGGCGGACGGCGCCGGCUGAAACGCGGGGUUUGAGCGGUUUUGAGCGUUGGCGAUCGCGCUCGCGAACGCGUUGGACUGGGAACCGGCGGGCUGGAACGAGUGCUCCUGCGCGGCGGCUGGCUGGAACGACUGCUCCCGCUGCUGGUACGACCGCUGGGGAGGCACCUCCUCCCUGUACUUGUCCGAGAACCUCUGCGGCGCGGCGCCGUCGCCCCCCGUGUUCCUCUUGAGAAGCUCCUUGCGCGUCGUGGAGAUGAUCUGGGUGAAGUGCCUGGAGGUGGCCGGGUCGAACUGGAGGACGUCGGUGAACGGCUUCUUCUCCCCGGGCCUCAGCGCAAACUCCAGCGCGAGUUGGUAGAUCUUGCGGUUGUCCUUCACCACCAGGUACACCUGCUUGAGGUCGACGAUCUUCUUCGUCCACUUGUGCACCACGAAUCCCCUGUCGUCGACCUUGAUGCUCACGAUGUACUGGCCGUGCACCAGGAUGCGACGGGGGUACUUCUUCGUGCUGAACGCGCGGAUGAUCGCCUCGCCGUGCGCCUGUGACGAAAAAAGUGCGGGUUGGGGGGUUUGUUGAGCGAUGGUUCGUGGGGCGGCCCCGAGCUUGGAUCACCGGGAACGUCGCGGUAAAAACGUGCACCGUGGUUAACCGUGUCCGAGUUGACGUUCAUCCUGCCCCGGUGCGCCGACCGGGCGGGCGCGAGCGGACGUCGUCAAAAAAGUCCCGUCUCCCAACCUUUGGGCUGUGGCUGAUGGACGCGGGCGUGUGCCCUUGGUCCAUCGCAGGUGGAGUGGGGUUGACGCGCACCUUAUUGCACUCAAAAAUGUGUC